AUCUUCUCAGCAGUCGCAGCAGCUGCAGAAACAGGCUCUGAAAGGCAAAGUACUGCAGCAGCCUCAGCAACAGCGUGGUUUGUCUUUUAUUGGGAAUGCUGCUGGAAUGAGCGAGGAUAGCCGCAGCGGUAGAGAUUGGUGUUUCUCGAGCAGUGGCAGUCGCGGCCGGGAGCGGGUGAUUGCGGGUGAGAGGAAGGUUCAGGGUAAAAAACCUUCUGGGACUGGGUCUCCUCUCUCAAGGGACGCUGAAGGGGGUUCUUGCUUGCAGUCGUCAGCAAUGGGUUGCGGCGGGUUGGGUUCUUCUCGGAAUCAAAUUGGGACCACCUUGAACCUAAUGGCUCCAACAAAUGCUGGUAUUGCCUCCAGACCUGGUGUGCAGACGUGUCCAUUGGGUGCAAUGAGUCCUUUGCAGCAACAUACUGUAGGUGGAGUGUCGAAGCAGGGUGGUGGUAGGUCUAAGGGCACGGGGGGCUCAAGUCCUGGCGCAGCGAUGUUGCACCAGGCUACGCAGUCCUCUUUUUCAGACCGUCUAACUGGAAGUGCAGGGUCCUUGGUGGGAAAGGCGCCUCUUGCCCAAGGGUUGAGUCUUGCGGGUCAAAGCAUUCCAACAAGUCAGGGUGGGCAGCACCCGCAGAGUAAGAUAAACCAGAGGUCAGCACAGGGAGUUCUUACAGGUUCCUCAGCGGCAUCGACAGCUCCAGUUCCAAAUCUUGAGGCAGUGCUGGCUGCUGCGAUGGCGAAUAACUCGCAGAGCCAGCAGGCGCUUCGAGCAUCGUCAGUGAGUGCGGCCGGAAAUGUGGGGUGUACUUCGAGGAUGGGGGCUCCUGCGGUGUCACUGGGUUCGAUUUCGAUGGGGAUAUCGUCAAAGAGUUUAGGGCCGAACCAAGUGAAGAGCAGCUCGUCUCAGAAGUUGCCUUUUCCCAUUCCUCAAAAGGUGGGUGCGGGUGGAGCUCCAAUGAAGCGAGAUUCGUCUCCUUUGUCGGUUGGCCCCGUUCUUUCGAUGUUGGGUCCGAGUUUUUCGGCUCAAAGCCUGUCUAGUAAGAGCUCACAGCAAUCACAAGUGCAGAUUCAAGGGCUAACUCAGAGCUCGCAACAGCAUAUUGGAAGUCAGUCACAUGGCUCUGCACAAGGACAGGGACCUCCUCCCCAGUUGCAGCCGCAGCAGAGCAAGCACUCAUUGACUAAUCCGCACCAAACGCAACAGCAGCAUACGCAUCAGCAACAUCAACACUUGCAUCAGCAUCACCAACAGUCUGGUCAUCUACAGGAUUCCCAAGCUGGCCCUCCACAUUCCCAAGUGUCUCAACAUGCUCCAUCAUACCACCAGCAGUCUGGGCAUCAGCAGCAGCCUGGUUCAGGUUCUCAAGCGCAGCAGGUUCAUUCCCAACAACAAAUGCAGCAGCAGCAGCACAUGCAGCCACCACAGCAUGCAUCUCAUCUGCAGCAGCACCAACAAGCAUCGUCUCAUCAACAGCAGCAGUUCGGUAUUCCCGGCGGGAACGGUAGCUUGGCAAUAAGCUCCGGGCUUUCACUGGGCGCGGGGAACACGGGCAGUGGCGUGGGGGGUGGGCGGAGCAGCACGAACUCCGAUGGUGGGGGAGGGGCCCCGAAUGGGAGGGCGGUUCAGUCUACGAAGCAAGGAGGGGGUGGCGGUAUUCCAGGAGGACAGCGGGCGAGCGGCGGGCCGGGAUUUCUGCAACAAUAUGGAAGCGGCGGUGGGGCGUCGUCAGGUCAGCAGCAGUCGGGGAGCCCUCGGAACAGCGCAGCGUCGGGGUAUUCACAGGGGAACUCGAACUCGGGGGCAGCGGGAAGAGCAGGUAAUGGAAAGGGAGAUGGUGGUCAGGAGCAGGCGAACUGUAUGCGGAUGGCGAAAGGUGGAGCGCAAGCAAGGGGUGGGUCGACGAUGGGAAGCGGUGGGGGGAUGCAGGGUUCGUCGCAGCGAGCGGAGGGGGUUGGGGGAGGUGGGAGUAAAGCGGGGGGUGGGGGGUUGAACAGUUUCGGGGAUAUUGUGCAGUCACGGACGAGUGUGAUGAUGACGAGCCCGAGCGGCGGGGCACAGGGUGGUGGGAGUAUGUCGAACGGGCAGAGCAACAUCAGCAAUCCAAAUGUACAGAGUGGAGGAGAUGGAAGGCAUGGAGUGAACGGGGACGUUGGUGGUGGUGGUGGAGGCCAGAACCAAGGUCACGCAACGUCAGGAACGUCGAUGGGGGCCGGUGGCGUGGUAGCUAGUGGUCCAGUAGUAGCGGUGCUGGGUGCUCAGCCUCCGACGAGUGCGGUGCAGCAGUGAGUUGGUGGAGGAGUUAGUUUUCUCUGACACUUUCGUUCGUGAUAUUCGAAGGAAAUGCAUGCGAAAGUGGUUUUCGUGCAACGCUCAUUUGUUGAAGGUGACAAUCCGGAACUUAACCAUUUUUCUUGAUCACCACUUAGACCCCGACGGAUCACUACUCUUGGUCAUGUCGAGGAUCAUCAGACUUUUUUUGAGCGGCAUGGUCGAGUCGAGGAGUUCCAAUUCGCUGAACGUUGCACGCCGAUUUACUUCGAUGCGUUCUGGCUUAGGCGUUUCGAAGGAUUCACGAGACUGGGAACUGCGAUGGACGGAGAUUUUCAGAUUGAGACAUGAGUGAAGUUGAUUGGACCUAGCCAGAUGUAGGUGCAUCAUGGAAGAACAGCUACUUUGGUUAAAGAAUGUACAAUUGGAUGUCACACCAUGACCUGCGAGGGGCUUAAAUUUCCUAUCUGAAGUACAUUUGCUCAUAUGAGAUGGUCAUGAAUGAGAGACCCGGACACUUUUGUGGGAGUUUGCUUUUUUCAGCAGUGGAGUUUGCAAAGAAAUGAUAUGUAUUUUCUUUGUGAUACAAGUAUAUAUGAUGGCCCUUCCCCUAAGCUCACCUUUAUUUUGUCUUACUUUUGGGAUGUCACGUGACCCUUUGGUUCCAAGAUGGUACACUUUGGGAUGUAUCAUGACUUCCAGAUCUUCAUCUACUUAACUUAAUGUUUAUCCA